AUGCCCUACAUCCAAGAUGCAUGCCCCUCGCCUCUGCCGUUGUGCGCGAGCGUAGACGCGAUAGCAGAGAUCAAAGACACCCUGAAGGACUUCCUGAGGCGUCUCAACUACCGCCCUCCCCACACCCCCGCGAACGCGAAGCUCAGGGCCGAAGUCACCGCCGAGAUCGUCUCCUGGAACGCCGAUCUCAGCCCGUCCUUCAUGCACGGCCUCGCAGAGACCUGCUACACCAUCGCCGAGUCCGCCUACGCACACACGAGCUACGAACACCAGCGUAUCAUCGCACUCUACACGACCUACCUCACAUAUGUCGACGACCUCGGCGGGCGCGACCUCGACGCGCUCGGAGAGUUCGGACGGCGGCUGCUCGCGCGUGAGGCGCUGGGGGACCCUGCGCUGGACCGCCUCGUCACGAACCUGCAAGACAUGUACGCGUACUACCCGCGCCUGAGCGCGCACUCGAUUGCGGUCUCGACGCUCGACUUCUUCGUCGGCUCGUACGUCGAGGCCACGGGGAAGGGGAUGGCGGUCGCGCCGGGGGCGACGAAGUACCCCGCGUACAUGCGCAUGAAGACGGGCAUCGGUGCCGCGUAUGCACUGCUCAACUUCGUGAAGGACUGGCGGGAUCCAGAAGACCUCUUCUAUCUGCAGCUCAUCCCCGAGAUCGAAUUUUACACAGAUACAAUCAAUGACAUACUUUCGUUCUACAAAGAAUCGUUGGCCGGCGAAACCGACAACCUCAUCCACCUCCGCGCCGCAGCGGAGCAGAAGGACCCGCUCUCUGUGCUGCGCGAGGUCGUAGAGGAGACGCUGGAGAGCAUCCGCAAGGUGGAGGUGCUGACCGCCGCGGACCCGCAGCUGGCGAAGAUCUGCCGCAGCUACGUCGUUGGGUACGUCGAGUUCCACUUCCGAGCGAGGAGGUAUCGACUGGAGGAUUUGGAGAUGGAGUAUUGA